AUGGCGACACAGGAGAGAAACCAAAGUCUAGACGCUGGCAUCUCCACCGUCACGGAACCCGUCACGGAUUCGGAGGCCCUUGCAAAUGGACCCCCUUUAGUCGGCGCUUCGGAGCAAACGACGAUGCCAGUACCCCCAGGAUUUGAUGCCUCCGCAGACGGGCACUCGAAACAUACAACACCACUCCAGGACGACGUCGAAUUGGUACCGGAGAUUACAUUCCUUCUCUCCUCCCGGCACCUUUCCCUGGCGUCGCGCUACUUCAAUACUCAGUUCAAUAGCCCUUGGAGGGAGGCUAUAACCCUCGGACCAGAUGGCCGUUACCAAUUGGAUGCGUCGGACUGGGACGUCGAUGCUCUUCUUCUUUUGAUGCAGAUCAUUCACGCAAAAACAAAAGACAUUCCCCGCCGCAUAGAUCUCGAGACUCUAGCAAAGAUUGCAGUCAUGAUCGACUACUACGAGUGUCACGACGCAAUUGCGUUCUUCUCAAACAUGUGGGUCGAAGCCCUGGAGAAACAGCUUCCAUCUGAGUGCAACCGUGAGCUGGUGCUUUGGCUCUCGAUCUCUGUCAUUCUCCGGCAGGACCCUGUGUUCAAGGCCGUCACCAAGACAGCCGUGCAAAAGAGCAAGGGCCCUGUCCCAACGCUCGAGUUGCCCAUCCCGCCAAGUCUCAUUGAAGCCAUUGACUGGCGCCGACAGGACGCGAUCAACGCUGUGUGCAAGGUGCUUGGCAACCUGUUGGCGUCGUUGUGUAGAGGAUCAGCGGGGUGCGGGUUUGACUGUUCUGCCUUUCUUCUUGGCAGCCUUACCAAGAACAUGUGCAACUACAAGCUCCUGGAUCCGACACCACAAGAACCCUACCUUGGCUAUGAGCUAGCCGCAGUUGAGGAGUGGGUGCAAAGUUUUCGCUCGUCUGGUGUACUCUACUCAGGCUAUCGUCAAAGAUGCUCCUGCAACCUCAUGCAAAUGGUUGAAGGGCGUCUCUACCCAGGCAUCAACCGGGGUAAGGAGGGAUUCAGUUUGAGUGACCCAGAUGUUGGACUCAUACAAUUUUGUUAG